UCUCUCUCUCUCUAGAAGCCCCAGUCGGCUACAAACCCUCUUCUCUCUUCCGGAAUCCGUAGCCCAGAAACCAAAUUGAAAGUUUCAGAGAGAGAGAAAGACGAGCGGAAUCGUGUUUUCCAAUUGGGUUUUUUGGGAGAAAGAGAGGGGAAAGGGACAAUGGACUCGGAUCAGGGGAAGCUUUUUAUUGGUGGGAUUUCAUGGGAGACUUCAGAAGAUAAGCUAAAGGACUACUUCGGCAACUAUGGCGACGUGUUGCAUACGGUGGUUAUGAGGGAUAAGAUCACUAGCAGACCCAGAGGGUUUGGGUUCGUCGUCUUCGCAGAUCCCGCUAUCCUCGAUCGAGUUCUUCAGGAGAAGCACACUAUCGAUGGUAAAACGGUUGAGGCCAAGAGGGCCUUAUCACGGGAGGAGCAGCAGACCCCUGCCAGAGCAGGCAAUUCUAAUGCUACUAGAAAUUCUGGUGGUGGUAGUGGUGGUGGAAGUAUGAGAACCAAAAAAAUUUUUGUUGGGGGAUUGCCUCCAACAUUGACUGAAGAAGGGUUUAAGGAGUACUUUGAGGCUUAUGGCCAUGUAACUGAUGUAGUAGUCAUGUAUGAUCAAAAUACUAGACGUCCACGGGGUUUUGGAUUUAUUUCUUUUGAUACUGAAGAAGCUGUUGACAGGGUCUUGCAUAAGACAUUUCAUGAUUUGAAUGGUAAACAAGUAGAGGUAAAGCGUGCUCUUCCCAAAGAUGCCAAUCCGGGGGCAGGUGGCCGUUCAAUGGGUGGUGGUGCUGGUGGUGGUGGUUAUCAAAGUUAUGGGUCAUCAGGUGGUGCUAAUUCAAAUUCAUAUGAUAAUCGAAUGGAUUCCAAUAGGUACAUGCAAUCUCAAGGCUCUAGUGGUGGUUUCCCACCUUAUGGUUCCUCUGGGUAUAAUAAUCCCGGGUAUGGGUAUGGUUCAUCGAACAAUGGAAUGGGAUAUGGUGGUUAUGGAAAUUACAGUGGUUCAAAUACCGGGUAUGGUGCCCCUGCAGCUGUAGCUUAUGGUAACCCAAAUGUCGCUAAUGCUGGUUAUGGAAGUGGUCCUCAAGGUGGGCCUAGAAGUACAUGGUCGGGUCAAGCUCCCUCUGGGUAUGGGGCCAUGGGUUACGGGAAUGCAGCUCCUUGGGGGGGUGCUGCAGGAAACAAUGCUGGAGCUGGCAGUGGUGGACCUGGAUCUGCACCCACUGGUCAUUCUCCUGGUGGAGCUGCUGGUUAUGGUAAUCAGGGUUAUGGGUAUGGUGGGUUUGGGAAUCAAGGUUAUGGUUAUGGUGGAGGUGAUGGCUCGUACGGGAGUCAAUCUGGUUAUGGUGCAGCAGGAGGACGUUCUGGUAGCGCCUCAAAUAGCAAUGUUGGGGGUGGUCCAAGUGGUGGAGAAUUACAAGGGAACAGUGGUGGUUACAUGGGAAAUGGCUAUGGGGAUGCAAAUGGAAACUCUGGUUAUGGAAAUGCUGCAUGGAGAUCUGAUGGAGGACAAGUAGGUUAUACCGGUGGUUACGCGGCUGGACAAGCUCGACAAGCCCAACAACAGUAAUUUGAUGAUCAAAAGUGAACUGGAUCGUGCCAUGUUCUGUGUAUCCCUGUUUGUUUAACGAGAUCGAUGUUUUCCAGUUGCUUAUUUAAAAAAAAAGGUUUUCUUGUCGCUGACUGAAGCAGUGGCCUUGGAACACAAUGAGACUGGUGGGGUUGCUUGAAUCCAAGUAGCUUGCAGUAUUAAUUUUCUAGUCUAAAAUAAGUAGCUGUUUUAGAAGUUUAUUUGAUGCUUCAGUUAUACUUAGUAUUUUGUUUCCGAACGUAGUUAAUUUGAUCGCUUUUAUGAAUGUCUAUUUAGCUGUCUGGAAUCAAUUUUCUUCUUUCCACAUUGUUUGAGCUGUAACAAUUUGUGGCCUUUUACAUUAUCAGUGGUUUGGUAGCUACUUAUAUUCA